AUGUUUAAUUAUUUUAAUCAUUCACCAGAAUGUGUCAAUUUGAAUUCAAAAGAUGUAAAUGCCAAAGAUUAUAAUACGGUAUCUCAACAGACACCUAACUACACUACUGCACCACCAGUGGUCAAGUUUAAAAUCAAAGGUAAUUCCCUUGAAUUUGAUCAAGACUACAUUGCAAUAAGUGUUUUGGUAGAUCCUGAUUCUCAAAAUACUUAUCAGUGGUUGAAAUAUUUCAAACUAUGCAAGAAAGAUUGCAAAUGGACUAACGAAGAGGCUCUUAUACCACUAAAACGUUCGUUGGGAUAUAUUGACGAACGAUCAAUAAUAGAACCUUGUUUUUCUUAUGAAUCUGCUAUGAAGCUUCUCAUAGAACAUCUGUACCCUUGUGCUAAGUUUAAUUGCUAUCUUAACCAAUUAGAGAAUUUAUGUAUCUCUAAUUUUCUUACUAUUAGAAACUAUUACCAGAUUUUCAGGGACCUGGUUGAACAAGCUAAUUAUUGUGCUCGUAAUCAGAAAUUAUAUCCAAAAGAAAACCUACAGAAUGGAUUCCUUUCCAUCGUCUUAAACCUCUUUUGA